ACUAGCGACGGCCCUACAUCUCGAAAGUGAAGCCUCCUGUCACUCUGGCCCGUUAGGGUUUGUGGGAAAUUGCAAUCCUAGCUGAUGUGCGUUCCGGUUCAACCCGGCAUAAUAAGCAGACCAAUCCACGUUUAGCUAGCGGAGGUCAUGACGCCACCCCAAAGCGGUCAAGACGAGAUGAGCAACGAGCGCACAAGGCCUCAAAUACCACAAGCUCCCUGACCUUCCUUUUCCCACCCCAACCAUCACCGGCCCUACUGCAGACAUGAUUUGCGUUUCUCGACCAGAUAAGUCCUACGCCGGGGAGGGACAUAAUCAGAGUCCCAACCCGCUCUCCAAUGAUCAGACGACUAACGAAGAUCUCAAUGGCAUGGUCAACACGCGGAGGAUCAGGUCAGACGACAAGCCGCUGUCGGACUGCAACUCAGUUACACCACCCGAUGACGAUGGAACGGGCGGCGACAGCAAAGGGCAGCAUGCUGCGCGGAGGGGAGAGGCGGUAGAGUCUACAGACUCUGCGCCUCUCCCAUUUCGCUCACCUUCUCCCAACCCUGACAGUGAAGCUUCUGGCAAUAGUUGGGUAGGCCUUCGCAUCUUUAGGAGAUUGAAGAAUGGCAUCCUCAAGUUCGGCUCGUUUAUCGGACCAGGAUUCAUGAUUGCCGUCGCAUACAUUGAUCCCGGAAACUAUGCCACAGAUAUAGCCGCCGGAGCCAGCUAUCGGUUUAGACUUCUCUUUAUCGUGCUGCUUGCCAACCUGUUUGCUAUCUUCCUCCAAACCCUCUGCAUCAAGCUAGGGACUGUUACCGGGCUUAACCUUGCCGAGUCAUGCCGAGCCUUUCUCCCGCGUUGGCUGAACUAUGUCCUCUACUUUUUUGCCGAGGCGGCUAUCAUUGCCACAGACAUUGCAGAGGUCAUUGGGUUCGCCAUCGGGCUGAACCUGCUCGCUCCCGCGAUACCCUUGGUGGCCGGAUGUGCUAUUUCAAUCCUUGAUGUCAUGAUAAUUCUCUUUUUCUACCGGCCACACGGGUCCAUGAGUGGACUUAGGGUGUUCGAGUACUUUAUUAUAGGCUUGGUCCUCAGCGUAGUGGUUUGUUUCUGCAUUCAACUCUCGCUAGUCCAAGAUACGUCCAUAGGAGACGUUUUCAUGGGCUACUUGCCAUCGGGUGCGAUAGUCGAGCAGCAAGGACUCUACCAAGCCUGCGGCAUUCUUGGCGCAACAGUCAUGCCGCACAGCCUGUACUUGGGCUCCGGUAUCGUGCAGCCUCGUCUGAGGGAGUAUGAUGCAAAACAUGGGCUCCUUCCUACCGAAUACUCUGGAGAUCAGGAUGGAGAAGGAAACGUCGACAAUGGCUAUUACGUCCCGUCGCUUCAGGCCAUCCGUCAUUCGCUAAAAGCUUCGUCCGUCGAGCUCGCAACCGCGCUCUUCACGUUCGCCCUGUUCGUCAACUCAGCCAUCCUUAUCGUCGCGGGUAUAUCAUUGUACAACAACCCCGAGGCUCCAGACGCGGACAUUUUUAGCAUCCACAAGCUGCUCACAGACUCCAUCUCCCCUGCGGCAGGCACCAUUUUCGCACUCGCGCUGCUUCUUUCUGGAGUCUCGGCAGGCAUCGUCUGCACUAUUGCUGGUCAGAUGGUGAGCGAGGGAGCUUUGAACUGGAGGCUUCGUCCCUGGCUGCGCCGUCUGGUGACCCGUAGCAUCAGCAUCACGCCCAGCAUUAUCAUUGCAGGCGCGGUAGGCAAAAAGGGACUGAACGAGGCGCUUAACGCGUCACAGGUUGUUCUCAGUGUUAUUCUGCCCUUUGUCACGGCUCCGUUAAUUUUCUUUACGUGCAUGAACAAGUAUAUGACGAUUCAGCCUGACGCGGCUCGGUACCUUGUUACCUCUGGCCAAGGGGGCGGUCAAGUUGGUGGCACACAGCCUCUGCGGGCAGGCGAACACGAUACUGGUCUCGUCAAGAUGGCCAACUCAUGGUACACCGUUGUGUUUGCGGCGCUGGUAUGGAUCAUUAUUACCGGAAUGAAUGUUGCCAAUUUGGUCUUGCUGGGAAGGGGAAAUUGAGUGAAGACUUAUGUUGACGACGCUCGGUGAGGAGCGCGCUCACGAGCAUUAGUAGUCGGUGCAUCUGAGAAUUUGAUGCCACAUCGAACUCAGGGCCGUGUCUUAUUUUCUUUCUCCUCUUUUCUUUCCGUUCGCCCUUUUUGAACUUUUUCACCCUGUUGUCUGUCAACAUUAGAGAUAUUGUCAUUCAACAAUGACACAGCGUGCUUUGACUGAGGCGCCAUGCAUACCGACGCCUACGGACAAGAAGUGCGAAUAGCCGAUAAUUUAAGAGCCUUUCGUAACUAUUCAUCCCACACCUAUUGAGAUGAGAACUAUACAUACAGUGUCACGGGCGUGCAUGGUUUGGGAAAAUGAGUGGGG